UUUUUUUUUUAACUUCGGAAUUUAGUGCUCUCUAAUUUUUUUGAUAAAAUAUUUUGAAAACAAGUUAGCAGACGGUUCGCGGCCUCCAAGGGCUACGCCUAUUUUCCGAACGAGAACGCUCACGUGAAUCCCUGUCCACAAACAAGAUGACUUUACCAAAGAUACGACAUGAAGAAAAGGAAUCAAAAUUCGGCUAUGUCUACGCCGUAUCCGGGCCCGUGGUCACCGCGGAAAAAAUGGCCGGAUCUGCUAUGUACGAACUGGUUCGUGUUGGCUACUACGAACUGGUAGGAGAAAUUAUUCGAUUGGAAGGAGACAUGGCUACAAUUCAAGUAUACGAAGAGACAAGUGGCGUUACUGUGGGCGACCCAGUGCUCAGAACUGGAAAACCCCUUUCUGUCGAAUUGGGACCCGGUAUUCUCGGCAGUAUUUUCGACGGUAUUCAGCGUCCUCUCAAGGACAUUUGCGAACUCACAAAUUCCAUUUACAUCCCGAAAGGUGUCAAUGUUCCGGCUUUAUCGCGAACCAUUGCCUGGGAAUUUAGUCCUCUCAAUAUCAAAAACGGAAGUCAUAUCACCGGCGGUGAUAUGUAUGCAAUCGUUCACGAGAACACUCUCGUCAAGCAUAAAAUGCUUUUGCCGCCAAAAAGCAAGGGCACUGUCACCUAUAUUGCCCCCGUUGGAAAUUACACUGUCGAUGAUGUCGUUUUAGAAACUGAAUUCGACGGUGAGAAGCACAAAUAUACUAUGCUGCAGGUGUGGCCUGUACGUCAGCCGCGUCCAGUAACGGAAAAAUUACCUGCUAAUCAUCCUCUACUCACUGGUCAACGAGUUUUGGAUUCCCUUUUCCCAUGCGUCCAGGGAGGAACGACCGCCAUUCCUGGCGCUUUCGGUUGUGGAAAAACUGUAAUCUCUCAAGCCCUCUCGAAGUAUUCCAAUUCCGACGUAAUUGUCUACGUCGGUUGCGGAGAGCGUGGUAACGAGAUGUCUGAAGUAUUGCGCGAUUUCCCCGAACUUUCCGUGGAAAUUGACGGUGUGACCGAAUCAAUCAUGAAACGUACGGCCCUGGUUGCAAACACCUCCAACAUGCCUGUCGCUGCCCGUGAAGCUUCCAUUUACACUGGUAUUACUCUUUCUGAGUACUUCCGGGACAUGGGUUACAACGUUUCCAUGAUGGCAGAUUCAACAUCUCGAUGGGCCGAGGCUCUUCGUGAAAUUUCCGGUCGUUUAGCUGAAAUGCCUGCCGAUUCCGGUUAUCCGGCUUACUUGGGUGCUAGGCUUGCCAGUUUCUACGAGCGAGCCGGAAGAGUAAAAUGCUUGGGUAACCCAGAUCGUGAGGGUUCGGUCAGUAUUGUGGGCGCCGUAUCACCACCUGGUGGUGAUUUUUCCGACCCUGUGACGAGUGCCACUCUUGGCAUUGUCCAGGUCUUCUGGGGAUUGGACAAAAAACUCGCCCAGCGAAAGCACUUCCCCUCCAUUAAUUGGUUAAUCUCAUACAGUAAAUAUCUCCGUGCUCUGGACGACUUUUACGACAAGAAUUUUCAGGAAUUUGUCCCCCUGAGGACUAAAGUCAAGGAGAUUCUCCAGGAGGAGGAAGACUUGUCCGAAAUUGUGCAAUUGGUCGGUAAAGCUUCGCUCGCUGAAGGCGACAAAAUCACGCUCGAAGUUGCGAAGCUUCUCAAGGACGAUUUCCUGCAGCAGAACAGUUACUCGCCUUAUGAUCGUUUCUGCCCUUUCUACAAAACUGUGGGCAUGUUGCGCAACAUAAUCGCAUUUUUCGACAUGGCAAGGCAUGCUGUUGAAUCCACAGCUCAGUCGGACAACAAAAUUACAUGGAACGUUAUCAGAGACAGUAUGGGAAACAUACUUUAUCAACUGAGUUCCAUGAAGUUCAAGGAUCCAGUGAAGGAUGGCGAAGCCAAAAUUCGGGCAGACUUUGAUCAGCUUCACGAGGACAUUCAACAGGCCUUCAGAAAUCUAGAGGAUUAAUUCUUCACUCAAAAAGUGAAAUAAUUGUUAAUAAUCUAUUUCGUCUCGGUUCCCACUCAACCAGGAACGUUCCAAUUUCAAUCGUUUUGGGGAUGUUCCAAGUGUAGAAUAUGCUGUGCAUAGAAAAAAAAAAAAGAAAGCAAAAUAAGGUAAAAAAUCAAUCACAUUCUAGAGUUGAGAAUUCGAAGGCAUUUUGAAGUGAUUGAAUUUGUCGCAGGCUCUGCUGAAUGAUUUUUAGUACAUUCCCAAUACAAUAUAUUUUAUUGGCAAACCAAGUAUUGAUUCCCAGAUGAUUUUUUUUUCUUUCUUUUCUUUUUAAGAGAUCUUUUAAAGUUGAAAAAAAAACGAGACCUGGUGAAUAAUUUUAAAGUCGCUGUCCCCUGUACUAAACUCGCUGGAUGAGAGAGAAUGCAAUUUUGGGAGCGUUAUUAUUAUUAUUAUUUCCUAUUUAGUUUGCAGCUGUAUACGUUCAGUAAUCGAAAAAAAAAAUGUGUAUGUCGCGUUUUUGACUAGUAUUCUACAUCGAAUUAAUUAACAUUAACUACUAUUGUACAUAUAGAAACAAUUAACUUUUAGUCUUUGUUUUUUUUUUUGUAUCAAGUUAGCACCCCUUUUUUUUCUUUUUUUUUUAAUUUUUUUUUUCGAGUGUUUAUCAUGUCCCAAUUUGUUUGCAGAGUAUUAAUACAAUAUUUGACACAUAGUGAGACAAUAAUAUGGAACACCCCUAAACGCGAUAUUAUCUGUCAUCUGCUUGAAAAUUUGAAAAUGUGUUUCCGAGAAUUGUAUACUAUUUCUGUUAUUGAGAUUAAAUUUUUCUUUUUUUUUUUUUGUUCUUCUUCUGAAGUUUUCCUCUUGAAAAAUCAAAGAAAUUUGUACAAUCGAGUGAAAAAGGAAAGCUCUCGAGUUGUUUCGGUUCGAUUUGAUGAAUGAUAAUUAUGAAUAAUUAUCGAAUUGAAUGAAUUUUGUUGAUAAACACAUGGCCUUGGUGUUGCGAAAUGUAAUUUCGCCGAGACGACAAGACAAGCUUUCUAAGAAGAGAGUAUCAAUUAUAAAAUCGUGGAAUAUUAGCUAGUGUACUAUAUAUUAUUAUUAUUAUUAUUACUAUAUUCUAUAAAGGUAAAGUAAAAGUAAACGUAGUUGUUGAAAGAUUAUACAAUGUUGAAUAUAAUUGAGUUGUUCAGUGCUGUUUACGGCUCGUAAUUUCGCGUUUUUAUCAUUUGAUUGAAAUUUGCGGAGAAAUUCGGAAAUCGCGAGGAAUUAUGAGAUUAUUAAUUUUUAUUGGAUCUUGGAAGUCAAUAUCGUGAUUUUAAUGAGAGAAUUGAAAAUUCGACAGCACUGGCAUAGACAUUUUAAGUAGGUUAAACCUUAAGGUGCUGGAUUUUGCAGUUAGAGAAACUGAUUUCACAAUGUCCACUGUUCCAGCAGCUUCGGUAUCAUUUCCAUUGUAUAAUAUGUAAAAAAAAUGAAUAAAAAUAAUCCAGAAAAUCA